UAGAGCGUUUACCGCAACUAGCCGUUAACUCCAAAAUCAGCCUAUUCAAAAAAGCCUCAUCAUCUCUACAUGAUUCUUCUUAUUUCUCAUUCUACAACCUCUAUGUUCUUCUGAUUUGGAUAAUCAAAUGCCACUUCACUCCAUAACAAAGCUAAAUAGAACCCUUCCGUCCUCAUCUUCCUUCUGCUCUCUUCUCCACCCCACCAGUACCCAGCUCCCAUAUCACUCCUUUCCCUCGCCAACCCCUCGACAACACACCCAUCCCAAGCCCCAACAAACCCUUCAUCCUUCUUCUAAGCCCCGUGCGUUGCCCACCCAUCAAUCACCCUCCUCUUAUUAUGUCUCUCUCCUCCGAUCCUGUAUUGCCCGGAAGGCGAUCAACCCCGGGAAACAACUUCAUGCCCACCUUUGCCACCUGGGUCUUGGGUUUGAUACGUUUAUAUCUACUAAACUUGUAACUCUUUAUUGUGUUUGUGAUUCUUUAAGUGAUGCACACCUCUUGUUCGAUAGAAUUCCUAAACAUAAUUUAUUUCUGUGGAAUGUUUUGAUUCGGGGGUAUGCGUGGAAUGGUCCGUACGAAGCUGCAAUUUCACUUUUUAACCAAAUGCUUGAUUAUGGGCUCGCACCUGAUAACUUUACCUUCCCGUUUGUGCUCAAGGCAUGCUCGGCACUUUCUGCCAUUGAAGAGGGGAGGAAGAUUCAUGAACAUGCGAUACGGACUGGGUGGGAGAUGGAUGUGUUUGUGGGUGCGGGUUUAGUUGACAUGUAUGCAAAGUGUGGUUGCGUGGAGAGUGCUCGACAAGUUUUUGACAAAAUUGAAGUAAGAGAUGCUGUGUUAUGGAAUUCUAUGCUUGCUGCUUAUUCUCAAAAUGGGCACCCAGAUGAGUCGCUCGCCCUAUGUAGUGAAAUGGCAUCUGCAGGUGUGAGACCCACAGAGGCAACUCUUGUGACUGCGAUAUCUGCUUCAGCUGACAUUGCAGCUCUUCAUCAAGGAACAGAGCUUCAUGGAUUUAGUUGGAGACAUGGGUUUGUGUCCAAUGACAAGGUAAAGACUGCAUUGGUAGAUAUGUAUGCCAAGUGUGGUUCUGUGAGGAUUGCUAGGAGUUUGUUUGAACGGCUUAAGGAGAAAAGAGUUGUCUCUUGGAAUGCCAUGAUUACUGGGUAUGCGAUUCGUGGCCAUGCUACUGAAGCACUGGUUUUAUUUGAGGAGAUGAAGGAAAAAGCUCUACCUGAUCACAUAACUUUUGUGGGUGUCCUAGCAGCCUGCCGCCACGGGGGCUUCCUUGAUGAAGGGUGGAUGUUUUUUGAAUCGAUGGUGAGAGACUACCACAUAGAUCCAAUAGUUCAGCAUUAUACAUGCAUGGUUGAUCUCCUUGGCCACUGUGGUAGAGUAGAUGAGGCUUACAAUCUUAUAAUGCAAAUGAGAGUAAUGCCAGAUGCUUGUGUAUGGGGUGCUCUGCUGAAUUCAUGCAAAAUCCAUGGAAAUGUAGAGUUGGGUGAAAUAGCAUUAGAGAAACUGAUUGAGCUUGAACCUGAUAAUUCUGGCAAUUAUGUGAUUUUAUCAAACAUCUAUGCUCAAGCAGGGAAGUGGGAAGGAGUUGCAAGAGUGAGAAAAUUAAUGAUAGAUGGAGGAAUAAGGAAAAACAUUGCUUGUAGCUGGAUUGAAGUGAAAAAUAAAGUCCAUGCAUUCCUUUCUGGAGAUAAUUCCCAUUCUAAUUCUGAUGCAAUAUAUGCGGAAUUGAGGAGGCUGGAAGGACGAAUGAAAGAAGCUGGCUAUGUGCCGGGGAUCGGAUCAGUUUUCCAUGACGUGGAGGAUGAUGAGAAGACUAAUAUGGUUUGCAGUCAUAGUGAAAGGUUAGCAAUUGCAUUUGGACUCAUUAGUACUCUCCCUGGAUCCAGGCUUUUGAUAACCAAGAACCUGCGGGUAUGUGAGGACUGUCAUGUUGCUAUCAAGUUCAUCUCAAAGAUCACAGAGAGGGAAAUCACCAUUAGAGAUGUCAAUCGCUACCAUCAUUUUAAAGAUGGGAUAUGUUCUUGUGGUGAUUUUUGGUAAAAAGAAUGAGUAGAAACAUUUGGAAGUCACAGCAUUAUCAACAGAAGCUAUUUUUUGGGAAGUAGUGAGGAGAUAGUGAAGAAGAAUUGUAGAGAUCUGAGUGGAGGACAUCUAGUUAUUUGAAUUGGUUGAAUACUUCAGGGAACUUGCAAAAGUCAAAGAUUUUGUAUAUGUGAUUAUAUAAAUGAUGGCAGACUAUUGAAUAAGAUGAAGUAAAUUGGGUUUCAUAAAAGGAAGGGACCAUCUACUACCAGAGCUGCCCUAAGCAUUCAUCUCAAAGAUGGGGGUACAGGACCAUAAACCUUAAAGUUGGAAGAUGUCUCCAAAGAGUAAUAUCUGAUAGCCAUCAAAAUCAGAAAGGGGAGAGAUGUUGUACAAGUCUGUUUUUGGAUAAAAAUGUAUACAUAUGAUCUAUGUAAUGGAAAUGAUUGUUGUGAGAAGAGGAUCAAGGCUCUAAAACAUUUCUCUGUUAGUACACUCCAUUGUAUAAGCUGUCAUCCAGAGUUCUUUAUGUUAUCCAAUGAAACAAUUUUUUUGAUUUUGACUCAGCUUUCUGCAAAGAAAGGUAUUCAACAA